CAAACCGUGUUUACUAUCGGCGGCUAAAUGACCGUCGGAGGAAUAUCGCUAAUGUCAGUAUAAAUCUGCAUAUCCAAACAAGUGAGAGCACAAAUAAUUACAGAUGGCGGACCCUGCAGUGGUUUCGGGCAAUUCGCUGAAUCUAGGAGGGCGCCCCAGUAGUGGUAAGGGAUCCACCAGCGCAGCGGAGAACUACCACAUGGCCCGACGCCGGACCCUGCAGGUGGUCGUGAGCGCCCUCCUGACAGAGUGCGGCUUCGACAGCGCAGAGAAGGCAGCGGUGGAAACACUCACUGAGAUGAUGCAGAGCUAUAUAACCGAAAUAGGCCGCAGUGCCAAGUCUUAUUGUGAACACACAGCCAGAAGUGUCCCAACCCUGUCGGACACAGUGGUGACACUCAUUGAAAUGGGUUUCAAUGUGGACACUCUGCCCAUGUACGCCAAGAGAUCGCAGAGGAUGGUUAUAACUGCCCCUCCAGUUACGAACGCGCCUGUGACUCCCAGAGCGCUGUCAGCCGGACAGAAACGCACACACCCGGCUCACAUCCCCAGCCACUUCCCAGAGUUCCCCGACCCUCACACCUACAUCAAAACACCUACGUUCAGAGAGCCGGUGUCAGACUACCAGGUGGUGAGAGAGAAAGCAGCGACUCAGAGGAGAGACGUGGAGCGAGCACUCACACGCUUCAUGGCCAAGACCGGAGAGACUCAGAGCCUCUUCAAAGACGACAUCACUGCCUUCCCAUUGAUCGCAGCGCGGCCGACCACCAUCCCAUAUCUCAGCGCCCUCCUGCCCUCAGAGCUGGAACUGCAGACACUGGAAGAAACGGACUCCUCUGAGCAGGACGAGCAGACAGACAACGAGAACACGGCAGGAAACAACCUCACUGAUGAUCCAGGAGCUGACAAAGAGAACUCCUUACUUCCUCCCAGCGGCGUCGUUCCCUCCACAAAAGCCAGCGAGGACAACGUGAUCGACAACCCGUACCUCCGGCCGGUCAAGAAACCCAAAGUGAGGAGGAAGAAAUGAGCCGGGACCCUCCUGAACCAACAGACUCACAUUUUGUCACAGUGGUUGGUGCUUUUGAGCAGUCCAGUCAGUGAUUUCCUCCACACACACACACACUGAGAGAGAGAGGGAGAGGGAGGAGCGGCCCGGUGCUGAAGCCCGCUGUGUGUGAGGCGUUUUUUCCUCCAUGUUGGAAUCAGCACUGCUGUUCACUUUGGCGUACUGACGGACUUCUACUGAAGAUAACUUCUUUUUUUCUUGUCAUUUUUUGUCAGCAGGCACUCACUUGUUUAAAAUGUGUGUGACGUAAUUUUGUAAGUAACAUCUUGGUGUAAUAUACAACCCACACAGGA